AUGGGUAGAGUCAGAACCAAGACCGUCAAGCGUGCCUCCAAGGCUUUGAUCGAGCGUUACUAUCCAAAGUUGACUUUGGACUUCCAAACCAACAAGAGAUUGUGUGACGAGAUCGCCACCAUCCAGUCCAAGAGAUUGAGAAACAAGAUUGCGGGCUACACCACCCACUUGAUGAAGAGAAUCCAAAAGGGCCCAGUCAGAGGUAUCUCCUUCAAGUUGCAGGAGGAGGAGAGAGAGAGAAAGGACCAGUACGUGCCAGCUGUCUCUGCCUUGGACUUGUCCCACAACAAGGGCAUGUUGAACGUUGACAACCAGACCGCCGAGUUGGUCAAGACUUUGGGCUUGAAGUUGCCAAUGUCCGUCACCAACGUUUCCAGCCAGAGAGACAGAAGAUUCAGAAGAAGAAACUAA